AUGAUAUAUCCUAACACAUUGAGUAGUCUUUUUGAACAAGCUAUUCGAAUAGCUUUUCCCGAAGAUCAAACUUUGCCAGUCGUUGUCGUACCUGGACGACAAACUGAUUACCAAUGCAAUUCAGCUAUGCCUAUUGCUCAGAGAUUAACUGCAGCUGGCAAAAAAAUUGUACCAACAGAAGUUGCCAAAAUAAUUGUUGCAAAUCUUCCUCAGCAUGAGAUGAUUGGAAAAAUUGAAUAUUCUGGACCAGGUUUUAUUAAUAUUACUAUUUCUGCAACAUUUGUUUCCAAACAAAUUCGCAAUAUUCUAUUGAAAGGUGUUUUACCACCCAAUGUUUUAAAUAUGGUUGGCAAUCAUAGAAGUCAGAAUGAAAAUAAAAAGCCGAAAGUUGUUAUUGACUUUUCAUCACCAAAUAUUGCUAAAGAAAUGCAUGUUGGACAUUUACGAUCAACCAUCAUUGGUGAUAGUAUUGCUCGUCUUCUUGAAUAUGCUGGUUUUGAUGUACUUCGAUUAAAUCAUCUUGGUGAUUGGGGUACUCAAUUUGGUAUGCUUAUUGCUCACUUACAAGAUAUUUAUCCUGAAUAUAAAACGAAAUCACCAUCAAUUAGUGAUCUUUUGUCAUUUUAUAAAGAAUCAAAAAAACAUUUUGAUUCUGAUCUUGACUUUAAACAACGAGCUUAUGAAUGUGUUGUUAAACUUCAAGCAUUUGAUCCAAAUAUAAUUCAUGCAUGGAAACUCAUAUGUGAUGUAUCUCGACAAGAUUUCGAAUAUAUUUAUAAAGAACUUGAUAUUAAAAUAAUUCAUCGAGGUGAAUCUUUUUAUCAAAGCAGAAUGAUUGAUCUUAUUAAAGAACUUGAAUUGAAAAAUUUAUUAAAAUUAGAAGAAGGUCGUCAAGUAAUGUUUGUACCUGGAAUUGAUGUUCCAUUAACAAUUGUUAAAACUGAUGGAAGUUUUACAUACGACACAAGUGAUAUGGCAACAAUAAGACAACGUCUAAUUGAAGAAAAUGCUGAUUGGCUUAUUUAUGUUAUCGAUUCGGGUCAAGCUCUUCAUAUGCAAUUAAUUUUUGCUGGAGCAAAAUUAGCUGGAUGGACUGAUGGAAAGAAUGUUCGAAUGGAUCAUGUUGGUUUUGGUGUUGUACUUGGUGAAGAUGGCAAAAAAUUAAAAAGUCGAUCCGGUGAAACAAUUCGUUUACGAGAUUUACUUGAUGAAGGUAUUGAACGAUCAAUAGCUAAAUUACAAGAAAAAGAUCGACAUAAUGUAUUAACAUUUGAAGAACUUGAAAAAGCUCAAAAAUCAGUUGCAUAUGGUUGUAUUAAAUAUGUUGAUUUAUCGCAUAAUCGAAAUUCUGAUUAUAUAUUUUCAUUUGAUCGAAUGCUUGAUGAUCGAGGAAAUACAGCUGCUUAUUUACUUUAUGCUUAUACUCGAAUUCGAUCUAUUGCUCGAACAGCUGGUGUUGAUCAUGCAUUAUUAAAAGCAAUGAUACAUGAUAUUGACCUUAAUUUCGAAAUUGAAGAACGUGAAUUAAAAUUAGCUAAAUGUAUUAUUAAAUAUUCUGAUAUAUUUACACGAGUACUUGAUGAAUUAUUGAUGCAUGGUUUAUGUGAAUAUAUGUAUCAAUUAGCAACAACAUUUACUGAUUUUUAUGAUCGAUGUUAUUGCGUGGAAAAAGAUAAAACAACUGGUAAAAUUCAAAUUAAUUAUCGACGAAUACUUUUAUGUGAAGCAACAGCGAAUGUAUUGAAACAAUGUUUUGAAAUUUUAGGUAUUCAACCAUUAGAACGAAUGUAA